GCUCCAGAUCAUGAUGCUAUUUUGUCCCCUGAGCCCCCCCACAAAACAAAACUGCUGACUUUAGUAUAACUAGGACGCGGUUGUUGCUUUUUCGUCUGUGCGUAAUGAUUUUAGAUUCAAGCUUGCUGCAUAUUUUAUAUUACUAGAUUGAUGUGAAGUUGUUUCGCUGACAAUAUUCACUCGACAUGAUAGAAGCCAAUGUUGAUUGUUGUUGUUCUUGACGUGCGGGUGCGUCGGUUACUUGUCGGCAUAGAUAUGAAGUGUCUGAGUGAAGCGAUGCUUGCUAAACACUGGUCUUUCCUCGAUGGCAUGAUCAAAUAGUUCCUGUUCGGAACAGGAUUUGUUUUCGAUUUUUUCUGUUCUUGCUCACUAGACAUUGAAUGAUGAAAAACAAGAAGUACUCUUCAUCGCACCACCAGCUUUAGACGGUGUCGACCGCGGUAGGAGGAACCAACGUUGCAUAACCAGAAACAACGAGAGGAGACCGAGAUGUCCGCAGCGGCCUCAUCGUCGGAAAGUAAUCCGGAUCAGGGGGAGCAGUCAGAUGCUACCAUCGGUCAAGAGCAUCAUGUGGCUUCCCCCGGCGAAAGCGAGCUGAAUAUGCGCCCGGGGUGGCAAUACUUCGAUCGUGACUUCGAGCAGUAUUUGUUGGUGGAGGAAGCCAAGCGAAAGAAGAAGCAAUGGAAUUAUGUACGAGCUGCGGUCGGCGGGGCCGCCGUCGCUGCAAGCUCCGGGGUGUUUUUCGGGGUCCCGCUUGCGGCUAUGGUACUUCUGGGCGCAGCAGGUGCGGGAUUUGGCUACGGGCUCAGCAACAAGUCUGGAGGAGCCGCCUCGCCUGGGGGACCGAAUAGCGGGCCACUAAGCCCGCCACCAGCAGGCUGGCGCUUCUGGCGAUGGGGACGCGGUGGCACACCGCGAGCGCAGUUAACGAAUUACACAGGUGUGCCCCAGGGUAUGCUGAUGGACCAGGCAGAGGAUAUGAUGAGCGGUCAAGUCCUCGGUGGGGCAUCUGGGCGAAGUAAGGGAUCCUCUACGUCGGCGAGACUGCGCUAUGCAACUCAUAAGCGUUUUCUGCAGAAGUCGCGGGCGGCGCCAACGCUGAAGCGUGUCCGAUUCCUAGUCAAAUGGGCGCGCUUAAAACUUGACGAGGUGCAGCCCGGGGAUCAUGCGGGAGUGGUGCAGCUGAUGGACGACGUGGUAUCGGAAUUCUCACUUGUUGUGCAUGCAACGAAAGCGGCGAGUCGCGAGGGAAGAAGUACUGAAGCGGAACGAGCGAAACUGGCAUGCUUUGCACGAUUUUUGGAGCGUGUGGUUGUGUACCGCCGAUUCGCACAGGCAAACCAGGUCUGGUUAAAAUCUUGGGAAGAAUCUCAGCCAGACAUUCCACCAGCUGAGGACGCUUCUGACGUAACUGCAGGAAAGAAGCGUAGCAGAAGUAGGAGUAGGAGUCGGUCUCCGGGUGGAGGUCCUAGAACAUCAUCCUCUACUUCCCCACGAGCAAGCAAUUCAAAUGCUACAGCUCUAAUAACAAACAGUAAAGAUGCUAUGGUCCUACCAUCCGAUGCGUGGUUGCGACUACAGUUUGUCUUCCCGGCAAUCGUGAGCGCAGCGAAACUUUUGAGCGCGCCAGAAGAAUUUCUGAAGGAAGAAAGCAGCGCCCCUUCAUCGACGCGUAGUGGCGUGACAUCGGAUGAUAGCAGUACUUCAGGAAAUAACAAGGCUGACGACGCCGGCAAACUUCCGACGUUAAAAUCCAAAAACGCUCAGUCCUCUAAAAUGUCGAAGUCAUCACCUACCAAGCGUACUUUUAGCGCACUGGCAUCCUCGCUUACAGAUACGACCGAUUUUCUCAGGAAGGAUUCUUCUUUACCCCUACCACCCGAAAACUUGUUAUAGUAAUGCACGUAAUAGUAUUGAUUCGUACCCAAAAAAUGGACCCGAAACUCUUUUACAGAACGACCUACAAGGUAUUAUUUAGAUCGACAUCGCCAUCAACGUCAACAUGAUCUUGGAAAUCUACGUCAUCACGAUCACCCAUACUAGGAAAUAAUUAUACCGCACGCGCGCGUAAUUGUUUUUCGCCUAUCACGUCCCUCUAAUAUUUGUGGCAGUCGCAAGGCCGGCAGCCAGCUGCAUUUGCUUGGAUCGCAUGGCACGGACCAAAUUGCGCGCUUCGGAGGUAAGCUUGGCAACUGUGCCAACAAAAUAGCAAGUAGCAUGGCGGGACGACCCACCAUACGUGUCACCGGAGCCGCAGAGCAUUUUGCUGAUUGGUGUCAUUCUGUCCUCGCAAUGCCAAAAGUCAAAUUAAGGGUUGAAACAUUUCAUUUUUACAAGCCUUCUCUACUUGAGAUUGCGACUAAAAAAUGAAAUGUUUCAACCUUUAAUCAAGCGCUUUCUCAAGGAUUAUGAGGAAAUCGCAUUACAGAAACGCAUAAGCUGGGAGGACGAUGGGGAUCUUCCGCUAGAGGAAAUCCAACCUGAAGGUGGAGUAGCGAGUACUCUUUCUGGUGGAAGCGGUGGAGCAGCCAGAGAAGCUGGUAGUAAAAACAAGAAUAACGUUAAUGGUAACUCUCUACGAGGAAGUAAAACGGGCGCCUCUUCGUCUUCAAACAAGAAUCCAUCUUCAUCAAAGAGCAAGACGAGCACGAGGUCAAGAACAACGACAUCUUCUAAUGGAAACUUCAUGAAACGGAAACGACGGAGAGCGAAAGGGGAGAACUGCUCCUCCAGUUCUUCCGAUGAGGACGAAGAUGUCAAUGAUGAUGUAGACUAUUUUCCCCCUGAAGGUGCGGAAAAUGAGAUGCAGGAGGAUGAAGAGGAGGACGUAAACGCGGAAGACGCAGACGACUUGGAGGAUUUGUUCGCAGAUGCUACGUCCACAUACGAAUUUGGAGGAGGUCCCGGUGAGCCGGGACCUGGAGGACUAGGUUUACCUCCACCUCCAUUAGGUAGUCCUGGGGCGUUGUCCGAAGUAGGGAGACGAGAUGCUGGCGAAACGCCAGUCGGCGAAUCGGACGUCGAGCUGCAAAGCGUCACGAGCUACUUGAUACACGCUUCAACAGCGAAGCCUCCAGCAGCAAUAGCAAAGCCUCCGCAGCAGAACAACGGCGAUGCUACAAGCGGUUCAUCAACAUUGAGAAGACGGCUAGGAGAGGCGAUGAGUAAGGAUAUGAUACCUGGUAGUUGCAAUACUGAAGUUCAACAAAAAGGGGAAUCUCCUCGAAGUAGGAUGGGGUCACCAAGUGUUGAUGAGGGCGCACUGAAGGUCUUGCCCUUUCCGCACGACUGGAAGUCGAUCGAGGAUGAAAGUAAUUUCGCUGCACACAACGACUACUUUCCCAGAUAUGGCGACCCGCGUAAAGAAAAAGAAAAUCCCUACAGACACGGCUGGAGCUGCAGUCAUUACGUGCACCAGGUUUAGAGCCUCAUCCUCCUUCUGUAAUUUCCUGUUAAGUGUACUUGUUUACUGUAGCAGAAACACCACGUGGUAGAUAUUAAGAAUAACAGAGUAGUUUGUAGCACGCAUGGUGCAUGGAGUGCAUGGAGCAGACGCAGCAUCGCCACGCAUGGAGUGCAUGGGGCACGAACAACCCCGCGGCCCACCCGGGGGUGGGUGGGUCGGGGGCUGUAGAAGUCGGGGUCGGUUGAUCGGCUAGACUGACGCCGCGGGGGCGCUGCCUUGUGCGUAAUGCGGAGGCGUGACGUAGCUGGCGGCGCUGCAGCAAGCUGAUUUGUUGCGCGCCCCAAGGCCCCGGCCCGCGAGUGAGUGGGCUCGGAGAUGUAGCAGCCGGCUCGGGGGCUGGCGGUCUGGAUGCUUGAAGUUCUUGCUUGGGUUGCCGGGCUGUAGGCGUGUGGGCUCUGACGAAGGGGCGCCCGAAGGGCGCACCGCAAAAAUUUUAACGCAUGGAACAUAUGGAGCACCUGCUCCAUGCAGCUCCAUGCGAUCCAUGCACUCCAUGCCAUGCGAGCUGCCCAACCUUAUGGAUUAUUCUGGAGUAAGUAUGUAACUUUGUCACUUCAAUGACAGAUUCGCGGCCCGAACUAUUUAGUCGAUCGGAAGAAAAUUUCCGCAAAGCCGUAUCCGUCGGAAACGCUUUCGGUCGAUGGCGUAAAGCACCAGCAUCCACAGACCGAGCUCCAGCACUGCUACUCUACCCAUCCCGAUAGUCAUGUGCAGGUACUGCCCAAGGCGAUUCUUAUUUGAUCUCUAUGUAUCAUUAUCAGAAAUUGAAAUUUUUGUUGAUGUUGAAGCGUGAUGCAGGUCGCGAUUCCGUUUCCGAUACCACAUUUUCAUCUUGUUCAUAAAGUAAGGUGAUUCAUUUGAAAUGGAACUCGACCUCAUUCCGAACUACCUUUAAAACAGCGUUUGCGAGCGGCCGGCGAAGGUCGAUUCCUCUUUGUCGUGAAUUGGCGUUUUUCGCCACGGCAGGCCGCCACAAUUCACGCACUCACACGGGAGCAGUACGAGUCUGCCUUAUUUCAAAAAUUUUUGCGAAUGUCAGCUGCGGAGAAAACCAAGCGUUUUAAGAUAAUUCCCCGGAUCAUCGAUGGACCGUGGCUCGUGCGAACCACCACAGGGUCUAAGCCUGGGUUGGUAGCAAAACGUUUGCCGACUGAAUGGUACCAGGGACCCGACUUCCUGGAGGUGUCGAUGGACGCGCUGGCGACCGGGUUCGCACGUCGCGCUCUCAACGUCAUGUCCGCGGCAAUGACCACUGUGGUAGUCGAGCUGGUCUACCUGAUUGAAUCGCAGGCACCAGAAGAGUUACCCGAGGAAGUGCUCUGUGGAUUUCGUUGCUAUCGCUGCGAUAUGAACAAGAUGCGACCGCUAAAACCACAUCCACAGCAUGAACUCGCUGCAGCCGCGGCGCAGUUCCGCAUAUUGUGAUUCCGGUAGCCUGAACGCGGAGGAUGAAGAAUGAAAAUCGAGGACUGGAGCCAAUUAUAUCACAUAAAGGACUCCUGGGUGUGUCUUUGCAUCUUCAAUCACGGGCCAUGGUUGCAUCAAUGUCACUUAGAAAGACCACACUGUUACAUUUAAUGACCAUUGCUACUCGCAGCUAUGUAUAAGGUGAAUUUGAAUAGACGAAGUCGAAGUAUUGAAAUGUAAAUGAACACUGCGCAUCAAUAUCAUGAUCAAUCACGAAUACACACUCACACUAAGACCACAAAUUUAUUUUUUCUACGGGCACGAAAAAUGCUAGCGAGAUUGGUCAUGAAAAACGAACGCCAAAUAAUACUGCCGAUUUUUCUGACCUCACCUGACGGCAAUCGAACAGUGCUGAAUAAUGAAAUUGUCAUUAGAAAUAGUAAGUAUUAGUACUGGACUUCGGGUUCGACCAGCUAAAAUACAUCCGAUCAUUAUGCACAGUACUGUCGAAUGGAUCACACCGCAUUUUCUCGAUGUUUUUGUUACCCUUCUCUGCUUCAGUUUCUCAUUCGGUUUUUCCUCUUUUUUUUGCUUCAGGCUAAUCCAGUUUUUCGUAUGAACGUACGCAGACGUUCAGCCCUCCUCUAGAAGAUCCAGUGAACAGAUGAAAAUGAUAGAUUCGAAAAUAGAUCCGGUUGUGGCAUACCCUCGGGUUCAGGGAUAAAGACUAGUACACCAUUCUUGAUGUGUGCUGCAUCUACGAAGACUCGUCUGCUGUCGCCUACUGGAGAAGCACGGUGAAGAAGAAGACAACUUUUUUUUGAUAGAAGACGAG